GUCAUGCGUGUGACGUCAUGCAGGUAAGGAAACUCGAUGCGCUUAGGUUACAGCCCUCUGCGAGUUAAGGUGUGUCCUUCCUUUUUUCAUCUCGACUAAAAACAUUUCGCGGAGAGGAACAGCUCAUACACAGCUUCAAGAGACAGACUGCUAUUCAACUUAGGAAAUAACUAAAAGUUUGAAAAACUCGGAUUAUGGCUGUCACCGCUACUUACCAGAUCUUGUUUUUUUCCGCAUUUAUGGUUUUUGCGUCGGCGGAGGCAGAGGCAGCUAAAGGCAAAGGACGAGGUUUAAUAGUCGUGGAGAAUCCUGAUUCAAACAGUGUGAUCAUUGAUCAGGUCACCGCAGAUACACUAAAGGGCAGUCUCACAACCGUCUUCCUGCCAAUUAUUUACAUAAUUGUUUUUGGAUUGGGGUUGCCAAGCAAUGCAAUGGCGAUAUGGGUCUUGCUGUUCAGGUCAAAGAAACUUCACCCUGCUGCCAUUUACAUGGGAAACUUGGCACUGGCUGACCUGAUGUUUGUUAUCUGGACGCCUUUAAAGAUCGCUUAUCAUUUAAAAGGAAAUAACUGGACUUUCGGGGAAGGGAUGUGCAAAGUGUUGGUGGGUUUCUUCUACGGCAACAUGUACUGCUCCAUCCUCUUCAUCACUUGUUUAAGCGUCCAGCGGUACUGGGUCUGCGCUCACCCGCUCUCCCAGCAGAGGAAAAACAACAAGUUUGCUAUCAUCGUGUCAGUGUGCAUCUGGAUCUUCAUUUGGGUCAGCACUACACCUUUGUACCUCUAUAAGCAAACAGUUGAACUCUCAGACCUCAACAUCACCACCUGCCACGACGUCAACCUUAUCAGUCGGGAGAACUUCGAGUUGGGCAACUUGUUCCUGGACGUUCAGCAGCCCUAUUACUAUUUCAUGGUGAUGGCAGGUCUUGUGUUCUUCAUCCCAAUGUUGGUCAUCAUAGCGGCUUACGUUCUUCUCCUACGCUCGCUUGGGAACUCUGCAAUCGAGGGCACUGCCAGAAAAACCCGCCAACGAGCUGUGGUCCUCAUUGUCACUGUGCUCAUAACGUUCCUGGUCUGCUUCAUCCCUAGUAAUGUGAUGCUGGUGGUGCACUAUUCUCUCCUGCGAAAAGGCUGGGUCAAUAACGGCUACGGCUUCUACGUCACCACGCUGUGCCUGGCCAGCCUCAACAGCUGCUUGGACCCUUUCAUCUACUAUUAUGUCUCAGAAGAGUUCAGGGAGCACGUCAAGAACACGCUGCUGUGCCGCAGCAGUCGUACGGUGGAGAGGAUGAGGGUGUCGUUCAGAUCGAUGAAGUACUCUAAAAGCACCAACACGUAUACUUCCAGCAAAGGCCAAACGGAGAGCAGCACCUGCUGAGAGCAGGUCGACAUGGACCAUGAUAGACAAGAGUUUAUGUAUUGAGUGGCGGCACUGUGGAUUUUACUUCACAUUCAUGCUCCGUGUUCUUCACUGAAUAACAUUGAAACUGUCGGAACCACAUGAAGCUGUAUGUAAUGAUAUUUUGUUUCAGCUGUGAGACCUUAGUAAACCCAAAGCUGAAGGAGCCACAGAGUUUGAACAGAACAACCUGUUUCUUCAUCACAUGACUGCAACGUUCAGUCUAAAGCUCAGGGCCGUGAAGUCAAAGCAGAUUCAUAAAACUUGAAGAGAAGCAUCCGAGCCAGAUUUUUCUGUUGUUACAUUUGAUAUUGUUCAGAUGGGCCUGGCAAAAUGAUAUUUAAUGUGAAUAUGUCAGCCCGUGACGGGUUAAAUGCUAUGCUUUAAAAUUUAAGUAUGUUUUAACUUUGUCUUUUAUUUUUUCUACUGCAUCAAACCUGAUCAGCAACUAUCUUUUGUUAGUCAAAAUUAAUAUUUUUUUUUUAUACCUCACUGUAUUAUAUAGCCAUAAUAAGUACAGCAGCUAUACUUUUGUGUGUGUUGCACGUUUGAAUAUGUUCCUAAAUUCAUGCAUAUUUGACAGUUUAAAACAACUGUAUCUCUGGAAACAAACCUUUAUUAUAUCUAUAAAGGAAUUCUAGAGUUUGGUUCCGUGUUAUUUAUCGUAUCAUAUAUCACAAUCCCCUUUUUUUAAUCAGACAUCACUGUACCUCUUCCCGGAAAAUGUAGCUGUUAAAACAUGUAUCCCGCUAUACCCCUAUAGGCACAAUUCCUUUUAAAUAAAUGUUUUGUUUCCUUGAAAAUGUUUUGCAUUGAGCUGAAUUGUUCGUUUCUUAAGAAUAAUUGAAUCAUUUUUCUAUUAAUAACUGUGUUCCUUGGACACCUGUGGAGUACUUUAUGUAUGUCUAUCGGUGAGUCAUAUGUUGUUGCUAGAAACUGACAAAUGUCACCAUCACAAACUAUGAAACUUGCCAACAAUGUGACAUAAGACUUCAUGAUGGUAUCUUUGAGGCUACAAAAUGUUAAUGUUCAAUUGGUUGAACACUUUUAGUAACUGUUUUGGGGAGACAAAAUUGUUUUUGAUAAAACAUUGCCUAAAUAAAUGUAAAACCAUUUACUACAUUUAUUACAUUCACUUUUAAAUGUGCAGGUCUAUGCAGUUUUGAUUAUGAGCAUGUUUCAUAUCAAAAAUCUCUGUAUGAUGGCACGUCUCACUGUAUCUGUGAAACUGCUGCUCUUGUGAAUUCACACUGUGGUCCUUUGAUUAGAGAUAGCGCAACACUGUCCACUCCCUGGUUUAGCAAAUGUUUAGCAUUCCAACUAACAAUUUCGUCUAUGUCUAUGGAAACCCUCUAAACCUGUUCAACUAGCUUUAGUCUUUUAACUGAACUUGACUUCAGGUUUGAACUGUUUUUUUAAGGGAGGGAAGCGUCUUUUUGGACAAAAAACUUAAAUAGAAUUUAAAUGUUUUAAAGAUUUUUUCUUUCUUUUUACAUUUUCAUCGUCUACCAGGUGAAAUGUAUGAGUCAGAUUUCUUAAAAAAAUUACUAGCACACAUCUGCUCGGCAAGUAGUUAAUAAUUUCUGCACCUCAUGCAGUAGUAAAAGUGAUGCCAGCUUUUAUAUUGAAUGAAACUGAUUAACUACUUUAUUGGCUUGAGUUGACUUCUACUUAUAAAAGUCCAUUUAGAGUAAAAAAAAAAGAAAAAAAAAAGGUUUUCUCAUUCACAAUUUAUUUAUUUUCAUUGUAAAUUUAAUCUACCGUUCAAAAGGUUGGGGACGGUAAGAUUUUUACGCUCACCAAGGUAGCAUUUAUGUGACCAGAAAUACAGUAAAAAAACUGUAAUUUUAUGAAAUAUUGUUGCAAUUUCAAAUAACUGUUAUUUAUUGUAUUAUUUUUUAAAAUGUCAUUUAUUUCUGUGAUGCAAAGCUGAAUUUUCAGCAUCAUUACUCCAGUCUUCAGUUUCACAUGAUCCUUCAGAAAUCAUUCUAAUAUGCUGAUCUGCUACUCAAGUAACAUUUCUUAUUAUUUUCAAUGUUGAAAAAAGUUGAAACAUUUUUUUCAGGAUUCUUUGAUGAAUAGAAAGUUCAAAAUACAUCAUUAUUUUGAAAUAGAAACCUUUUGUAACAUUAUAAAUGUGUUUACUGUCGCUUUUGAUCAAUUUAAUGCAUCCUUUCUGAAUAAAAGUAUUCAUUUUUUUCAAAAAAACA